AUGUGUGAUUGCAUUCAUUUGGAUCCAGUUAAUGGCAGUAAUGCUAAUGAAUACAACGAGAAAGCGUUAAAUGUGUCACAAAUAAAGGACAAAUCGGUGGUUGUGUCCGACAAAGAGCCCAAAUGCAAGGGAAUUGUGGUAUCGAUUGAGUCGAUAGACGGUCCGACCAUCGAUGCCGUCUUGGAUAAGGUUCCGCUGGUUUACGACCCCAUCACUAAACAACUGCUCCUUCAGAAGGGGUUCGCCAAUAAUAAUGGUGUGAAUGGCUAUAAGAAUGGUGUGAAUUUGCAAAAUGGUUUCAAACGAUUGAAUGGGUUUUUGAAUCUCAAUCACGAGAACAGUAGCCAUGAAUCUAAUGAUAAGACACUAUCCUGUGAUGAAUACUCGAGCCGUAAAUGUGAAAAUAAUAUUAGUGUUGAUAACAGUUUGGACGACAAAUUAAAAGCUUUAAACUCGAGGAACAGCUACUCAGUGGUUGACUGCAAGCAAAGUCCAAACGAUGUGUUUGAGAGGCGAACAGAAUCUCACUCUUGCGUUGAUAACAAGUUAUCAGUGUUUCACUCAAACAAAGACCACACUCUCGAAGCAACUGAUGGCGAAUACAAUGGAAAUAAUUUGCAUGAAAACAAUGGCUCAGACGAUAGCAUAUCAAACGUGGACUCAAGUGUUUUGUCGCUCAACUUAGACACGGAAUCUAAUUGUGAAUCUGUUUCCGACUCGAAACCAAAGAAAUUGUUUACUCUUUCUCUUCAAAGUCUGUUAAAUAAAGUGAAACGAAAUAAUACAUCAAAUGUUAAUAAUAGUAAUAGUUUUGGUACUAAUGGUGUAAAUAUCUCAUCGACGACUGCACUCAUACUGGAGACCCGUCCGCCGCAUCUUCCGGCCAAACAUCCCGAAGAAGACAAGAAACACAAACAAGAGUUCGAGGAAAUGAUACGACAGACCCGUAAGAAGGAGUUGAAGGACAUGAAGGCCAAGAAGAGGAUGGCUGAGCGGCAACGCAAACAGGAGGAGCAGGUUAUUGAAGCCAUUAAAGUGUGGAAUACAGACCUCCUUCCCAAUUGGCAUAAGAAUAAGAACUCGAAGAAGACUCGCGACCUGUGGUGGUCUGGAAUCCCGUCGCACGUCAGACAAAGGGUGUGGACUCUGGCCAUCACUAACGACCUCAACAUCACUGAAGACAUGUACAGCCAUUGUGUGAGCCGUUCCAAAGAGAAUGUGUGGUCCAAACAAAGCCAUCAUAAGUGUGUUGUGGACGACGACGAGUGUUGUAACGAAAGCGCCGCCGAUUUGAUAAAAUUAGACGUUUCGCGCACUUUCCCUCAAUUGGGUCUCUUUCAAGAGAGCGGUCCCUAUCACGAGGUGUUGAGUGAACUGUUGGGCGCAUACGUGACAUACCGGCCGGACAUCGGCUACGCUCAGGGCAUGUCGUUCUUGGCGGCGAUGCUUCUGCUGAACAUGGAGUCUGAGUCUGCAUUCGUUUGUUUGGCAAAUCUGCUCAAUCGGGAGCUAUUGGUGUCGUUUUUCCGGGUCAACCAACCAGUUAUGAACGCAUACUAUAAAACAUUUGAAGAGUUUUUUGCCGAAAAUUUGCCAAAACUAUACAAACAUUUCAAUGAACAGAAACUGAGUCCUGAUUUAUAUUUAGUCGACUAUAUCUAUACACUAUUCAGUCGAUCGCUUCCAUUGGAUAUCGCCAGCAGAAUAUGGGAUCUGUUUCUCAGAGACGGCGAAGAGUUCAUAUUCAGAGCCGCUUUGGGUAUACUUUCCAUGUAUUACGAAGUGUUACUUAACUUGGAUUUCAUAUAUUUGGCGCAAUUCCUGACCAAACUUCCCGAAGAUAUGGAUUCAGAUAAAUUGUUUUCUUAUAUAUCAGGCAUUCAUAUGACUUCUGGCGCCGAAAAGACAUCUUUCUCUUCAGUUUUGUCGACAAAACUCUUAGAAAGUAAUAAUCUGUAG